ACGUCCUCAGGACUAUACUCAAGGACAUAGGAUAUAUAUGCUUGCUGUCCAGCCUCAUGAGAAGGUUAAUGUGGAUGCGGGUUAUUCAACGCGGGUUGGGAAAUACUACCGAUGUAAUCAAUACAAUGCGGGUGAAUGUCAUCUGUCGCUCAGAUGGAGGCAGCGGUGGGUGAAGGCCGCCAGGCUGACAUUAGCUGGAAUUUGCGAUAAAGCGCCUACGCAUAACUACGAUGGAAGUGUCAUAUGACGCAUGUUUGCAGUGGUGUAUUAUCCGUGAAUGGACAAUCAAUUCAAUUGUUAUAAGAUGUCAUGCUUGAGAUGACGUCACGGCUCCUUGCCUGCGAUGACGUAAAAUACCGACGGAGCGGUAGCUACAGGAAUGUUAACUGCUGAGAUACAACAAGCUUUGUUGAGGGAGAGCAGAAUGCCUAGUGCGCAUGUCCGUCUUCUGAAUUUCCACUAAACCACAUCUGCCGUGAUCCUCAGAGCCUCCUUCAUUAAAGAUUUCCUCGACACACGCGCGUUUUAAUAUGACGCCGACUGUGGACUAACAAGCGAUUCGGACCGCCGUGAAAAAUGCCACAGAACUGUGCACACUGGAAAGUCAUCAUAACUAGGGAUUUGAAGAGUUAUGACAUAAACACAGUCAUAUCUUAUCAGGAGGGAAGCCAUGUGAAUGAACUCUGCAUUGCAAGACAGUGACGAGUCACAGGGAUAAACGCUGUGCGACCCAUGCCAAUGUAUCUGUUAUACUUCCCCCGCUCACCGUGCCCAUGUAUCUGAUAUUCUCCCCCCGCUCACCGUGGCAUCACGUUCAACGCACACAGAACGGAGUGAGAAUGCGCCUCUCGGUGAAGGCGGUUGUGAAAAAGAUCGUCAUAUGCUUCGCGCUUCUUUAUUGCUUUUCCUGUCUGCGAGUUCUCCUUCCCCAGCCCAUUCAGCCGAUGGGGGUCGUGCAUCUGGCGCGCCUCGCCGUUCAGUGGCAACGCUUUCCUGUAGAAAAAGCAGACGACACAUUUCGGAAAAAUAUAACAGUGCCUGUGUCAGUGAACGUGGAUACUUUGGCCAAGCACCUUAAUCAAACGUGGAAGAGUAAUAUAUAUUCGGCCAAAGAUAAUAUUGACAAGCAGUUUCUACCGGUCAUGACUGCGGAACAACGUCUAAAAAUGUAUGUGACAUUCGAAACAUUUCUCCAGGCUUGCGAAUGGGCGAACUUGACGUACUUUCUGAUUGGCGGGUCGUUGCUAGGCAUGUACCGUCAUCAUGGCUUCAUUCCGUGGGAUGACGAUAUUGAUGUUGCAAUGAGCGCUUCAGACUGGAGGCAAAUCCGCUAUGUUUUAUCACACAUUCCAGGAUACGAACUGUAUGCCCCAAGCGAUGUUCAAUGGAAAUUUUACAUGAAAAACCUUCAACCUAUUAAGAACAAACCUUUCAGAUGGCCCAAUGUGGAUAUAUUCUUCUACACUGAGGAUUCCACAUAUAUAUGGGGAUUAACAACGGGUCUUAAAGGAGAACUUUUUGUUAAAAAGUCCGAUUUAUUUCCACUCCAAUACCGUCCAUUUGAAAACAGAAAUGCAGCAGCCCCUUGCAACACACGGGACAUCCUCAUCAAUAGGUUCGACGUAGAUCUGUGCGUGUCUCUGUCCUAUGGACACAAGACGGGCGCCAGUUUGGCUGACGUUAAGAAACGUCCCUGUAAGGAGCUCCAUGGUGCUUAUCCGUUUGUAUUUAGGAGCCCUGGCAUUGAUGGAGGUAUGAUGGAGACUUUGAAAAUUGGGGAUCACGUGGUUAAGAAUGUUACACUUCCUGUUUCUUGUAGUUCGACAUUCUUAUCAGGAUGAAAUUGAAGAUCUCAUAUCAAAUAUUCAAAAUUCCUUUUCGUGGUUCCGUUUCUAUGGUUACUGGCACAAGUGGAGCCGGUCGAUGUGAAAGAACAUCUGGUGCACACAGUGUGAGUGUGAAUUUCCUAAUUAACGUACUGUCAAAGUUAAACACUCAAAAGCUAUUUGUGAAAGCGGGGAGUGUGGAUGUCUGUUUCUCUGGAGAAAAAUGCCAAUUCAAGGAUAUGUGUUCGUUCGAAUUAAAUAUGUGCCUUUGAACAAGAAAAUAUGUAUCUCAGCGUAAUCCUUUGAUGGAACGGGACGUUUCAGAAUUAGGAAGAUUGGAGUUUGUGUGUGGAAUGGUGUGUCCCUGGCGAGUGAGCGGCGAUUUGAAAUGCCUCAGGCUUCAGAUCUUGUCACUGCUAGUGGAAAGUGGACCCCAAAAAAUCGAAUACGGAGUAAAGGCUGUUUCAUGUUUGAGUUCAACUCCACCGCCUGUACAUAUAUGAUCGGUGGACGUAAUUACGGGAGCAAUGAAAUAUAUUACCGCUACGUCGUUCGUACACAACGCUGUGGGCGUUUACCGCCGUCACAUCAACACAAAUGACUGUUUACCGUCUCUCAGUGCACUUACAAUGAAUCUUCCACAGUUCUCACAUAACGCCAUAUUUGUUUCUCAUUGUUAGUCACGUGACAAUACCCAUUGGGGGAAAAACGUUUGAAGUAUAUUCAAAUUUUUGCUUGUGGUAUUUGAUCCUAUUGUAUGUUUCUAUUACUGCCACGAUGUGUUUGAGAAUUACAUUCCAGUGUUAUAUCGAUGACGAUAUACGCAAUUCGGUGCCAUAAACAACGGAGGAACCAGUACCUCUAAAUUCGGUUGUGCUAUCAUGUCUAGGCGGAUAUAUGUGACCUAGAAUCUGUGAAGAAAUUCAUAACAAUGGUGGAAUCAAGCCCCGAGACCUCGCUACAGAUUCCUGUGUAUGGAUUUCCAUGGGGGGUAUGUGAUGUGCUCAAAUCUACACCGCCAGACGAACCAACAGUCUGAUAAUACUCCCCAGCCGACAAGCAGUGAAUGAGUGUCUCAGUUCAAUCUCUUUAGCUAAGCAAUAUGGAAUAAUAAUAGAGAUUGUUAGCCGAAUGUGUGUUCGUACCGUAAAUAUUCUAUAUAAGGAGUGAGUUGGGUUUAAUGUCGCUUUUAACAGCUUAAUGGAGGGAGGAAAGCCCAAGGUGAUGCAGGUCUCAGAUGUUUACCGCUUAGGUGAAACCCAAGGGUGCUAAAAAACCUAGUGACACAAACGGGGCGAACCGGAAUUUGAACCCACAAUCAUAGAAUUCUGGCGUGCCCAAGGGACGCAACUCUGCACAGCGAAUCGCGGCGCCUCAGACGACUGGGCCACCCGUGCCCUAUCUCUAUUAGGAAAAAGACGAGCAUAAUACAUGUAUUUGCAUCCCAAUUAUAUGAUAUUUAGAAUACGGAAACACACGGGGAUAAUGAAGGCUUUUUUCAUGAAUGUCAUUCUCAAAAUGUGCGAACUUGAAGACGCAUUUUCAUUCACAAAAUGGGGCACGGGUGGCCUAGUCGUCUAAGGCGCCGCGAUUCGCUGUGGAGAGUUGCGUCCCUUGGACACACCAGAAACCUAUGAUUGUGGGUUCGAAUCCCGGUUCGCCCCGAUUAUGUUUCUA